CCCAUGUGAGGAAGUGGGCCUCUACUUUGUGCUUCCAAUGCAGAUUAUACUCGAAAACCUGAUUCUUGAGAGAUUAUUUACAAUUAGAAAGGUUUGUUUUCGUAUUCUAGACGUUGUACAAAUACCACACGUAUAUUGCUGUUAAUUGGUUGUUACAGUAACAAUUGGCUUGAUAUCCCAGCGAUGCAGCUGAAAUAUUAGCUACUGAUAACUUUUCUGUUAAAUGUGGAAUUAUUUGUCGCAUGUUUUUGUAGGGUAAUGGUGGUAUUGGUAUGACACUUGGCCAGUAAUUGUCUUUCUUCCUGCGCUAUCGAGCUAAGCCCAGUAAUGUCUAAAUAUCUGUCUUUCAUUAAGUGUUUCAUAAGCCGAUCAAAUGUGUUCGAUUGCGGUGUGAAACACUUCAUUGGACCCACAUCCCUACAUAGUUCAAUUUGGAAGAAUCCUUCGAGAAUUCUGUGUCCUCUGAUGUCGCUGCGUUCAAGGACAAUAACAGACACACAAUCUAGGAGAUUUAGCAUUUCAGUUGUAUCGCUGACGCAUCCACAAAACGGCGUAUUAACGUCAGAAAAUCCAAAUGCAACUAGUAAGGAUGACAUUGACAAUGAAACUGAGGAGGACUUUGGAUCCCAUUCCCGGAACUUUGCAUCCAGGAUAACUUUCCGAAAGACAUCACCAGAAUUGCACGCCCUAAAUUACAGAGCAAGUGCUGAUGAAGAUGAUACGGAAGAGUUGAAGCAAAGACCAGUCAGAAGGAACACAUCUUACUGGUACUUCCUUCAGUGCAAGAAACUGAUAAAGCAGGACAAGCUUGCUGAGGCACUAGAUCUGUUUGAGACGCAAAUGCUGCAGGGUGAGCGUCUGCAGCCAGAAGAAUUCAACUACACUCUACUGAUCGGAGGCUGUGGUCGUGUGGGUUUUCUCAAAAGGGCUUUCAAGCUGUAUAAUGAUAUGAAGAAGCGUGGCCUACAUCCUACAGAUGCCACCUACACUGCUCUGUUCAAUGCCUGCGCUGAGUCUCCUUGGAAGGACUCCGGUUUACAACAGGCUCUUAAAUUGAAGCAGGAGUUGAAUAUGAAGAACAUUCAACUCAACCUGAUCACUUACCAUGCCCUACUGAAGACCCAUGCACUCUGCUCUGACCUUAGGACCUCUUUUCAUGUGCUGCGGGAGAUUCUGCAAAAUGGUCACGCAGUCACGCAGGAAACAUUCAACUUUCUGUUGAUGUGCUGCAUCAGAGACCAAGACCAAGGAUUCAGGUUUUCCCUGCAGGUUUGGCGUCAGAUGUUGAAGAUGGGGAUAAGGCCGGAUUCUCACAGUUAUAACUUGUUGCUGCGUGCUGCCCGGGAUUGUGGCAUUGGAAAUCCGGCUCUGGCCUCCUGUUUGCUCCUGAGGAAUGAAGAUGAAUUUGCCAAAAAUGUGUCAAAGAGAAGGAAAGGUCAGAAAGCAAAAGAUGAAAAAGGGUCACAAGUGAUGGACAUAGAUGUCUUUGAAAGCAGUCUUCUGGACAAGGGCACAGAACAAAACAUAAUUCCUUCAUUGAAUAAGGAAGAGGCAGACAUGCUAUCCAAGGAAACAUACACCAAGCUUCAUAUAAAGCAGAAUAACUUCAGUUCCAACGUUACUUCAGGAUUACAAUCCAUGACCAAUGAACAAAUGGUUCCCACUGAAUCUAACUAUGUACAGUCUAAAGUGGCCAGAGCCAGCUUCCCCAACCUUCUUGACCGAAGGAUAAAUAUGACUAAUGUGGUCUCCCUUGGGUCUGUGACUAGUGCCUCUGAUCGGCUGGCACUGAUAGGGAACAUGGAGGGAUUGCUGAGCAAAAUGGAGGCCGAUGGUUUGAAUCCCAACAUCAAGACUCUGACUUUGUUAGCAGAAAUUGUCUCACCUGGAGAGCAGUCAGAAAUGAGCUUGCUCUUGCUUGCUAAACAACACAAACUAAAGCCAGACAUCUUUUUCUUCAAUACCCUUGUGCGCAAAAUGGCUAGAGCAGGCGACUUUGAAGGAGCAAAGGCUCUUUUGCCAGUAUUGGCAGAGAGGGGUAUGGAACCUAAUCUUCACACAUACAGUUAUUUGGCGGUUGCCUGCAGGAGAGAGGAAGACGGACUGCAACUACUUUCAGAUAUGAAGGUUUCAGGAAUUACUCCCAAUGCCUAUGUGUAUAGUGCUCUUAUCAGCAGAGCUUCCAAACAGCUGGAUUACAAAUACUUGAGAGAGAUUCUGAGAAGUAUGAAGCGCAACCAGGUUCCUGCAACAGAGGUCAUCAUAAGGCAGCUGGAAUUUGCCGCGCAGUACCCACCAAACUUUGAUAAGUACAAAGCCAGAAACAACUACCUGGAGAAGAUUGAUGGUUUCAGAGGUUAUUACAAUCACUGGCUGAAGUCAAUGCCAGGACAGGGUACUCCACAUCCUUGGGAAAAAUAUAAAUCACCAAGAAAGGAACCCAAGAUGUCUAAGGGCAGUGAAUAAAGCAGUCUAACCAGAAUCAAAUCAUGAAUCUAUGAUAAAAAUGUCAAUUAUACAUGAAAGAUGCAUAUGAACAAGAGAGAUUCAGUUAUUUUGUUCAGAGUGUACAAAGACAUUGGUUAAAAAUAAAUGCUGUAUCAUACUGAAAUACUUUAUAAUAAAGUGAAUGUAAUUUGCCAAACAA